AUUUUUGAAAAUGAAUGGCGCUCGAUUACAAUAACAUUAUAAACAAAAAAUGAAACUGUGACACAUUCCUUCCAUUAACAGCCAUGGGGGACUUAAGAAUGGAAUCUAUCACCAACAGAAUACAGGUGUUGGAUGGCUUUGUUAAAGGACAAGUGGAGACUGAUGAUGUUCAUACAUCUUUAUUGACAAGAGAUGGAUUAAUGGAUAGUUUGCUAGUGUUAUUUGAUGAGUGUAGUCAUGACAAUCUAAUGAAAAAUAAACAUGUAGCAGCUUUUGUGAAAAAAUAUGAAUCAACAGUUAAGGAACUGAGAAAGAUAAGAAUGAAAAUGGCAGACUUUGAGGUGAAAGAUGUGAUUGGACGAGGCCAUUUCGGGGAAGUACAAGUAGUUCGAGAUAAAGUGACAAGCACAGUAUACGCUAUGAAAAUUUUACAUAAACACGAGACACUGGCACAACAGGAGAUAACUUUUUAUGAAGAAGAACGAGACAUUAUGGCCAGGGCCACAUCUGAGUGGAUAACACAGCUACACUUUGCUUUCCAAGAUGCUCAGAAUUUAUAUUUAGUGAUGGAAUUCCAUGGUGGAGGGGAUCUUUUAUCUUUACUAUCAAGGAAUGAUGAUAUAUUUGAAGAAUCAAUGUGUAGAUUUUAUGUAGGAGAAAUGACACAGGCAAUACAUGCUUUACAUUGCAUGGGAUAUGUACACAGGGACAUUAAACCAGAAAAUAUACUACUAGAUAGUACAGGACAUGUAAAGCUAGCAGAUUUUGGAUCAGCUGCCCAGUUAUCAGCAGAUAUGUUGGUUUCAUCAAGGAUGCCUGUUGGUACCCCAGACUAUGUGUCUCCUGAACUUUUGACCUCUAUGAACAACCAUAGCAGUGAUUCCAGAUAUGGAGUGGAGGUUGACUGGUGGUCACUUGGUGUUUGUAUGUAUGAGAUGUUGUUUGGGAAGACACCAUUCACUGAUGAGAGUGGCUCCAUGGUCAUAACCUAUUCUAAUAUCAUGAACUUCAAGGAAUGUUUGACCUUUCCAGAGAAAGUAAAAAUAUCUAAACAUGCUGUUGAUCUGAUGAAAAAACUUUUAACAGAAAAAUCAGACAGAUUUGGCUAUAGAAGUGUACUCUUACAUGACUUCUUUAAAGGAUUGAAUUGGGAAAGACUAAGAGAAGACACACCACCCUUUGUACCACAUUUGUCUAGUUUAGAUGAUACAUCAAACUUUGACGAGUUUGAGAGAGUUAAAUACCAGCCAGCAUUUGAUGAAUACAAUGAGACCAGAGAUUUUAGUGGCAAAGACUUGCCUUUUGUUGGAUUUACCUAUGUCAGGAAUGCAAAAGAAGAAGAUUCUGGGAUCAAGAUACAUUCAGAAAGUUUUAGUGAUGCUGACUCAACUACAACCUCAUCUUGUGCAGACUCCAGCUGUAGUACUCCACCUCGUAAUUUGGAAGUCACACUUACGGUAAAAAUAAAUGAAUUACAUGGUCUGAAAAGAAAAUACCACCAGCUAGAAGAGAAGGAGUGCUCCUUACAGUCAGAGGUAGAUAAAUGGAGAGUGUCCUACCAUGAGAAGGAUGAGGAAUUGAUGAAGGUUACAGUAGAGAAAGAUGCUUUGGAGAAUGAACUGCAGUCUUACAUUACAAAAGCUAAUAAUUUAAAGGACAGAUAUGAUAAAGUUGUAGAGGAAAAAGAAAUUCUGGAAAAUAGAGCCUACAAAUUGUAUGAAGAAAUAAAAGAUAUGAAUUCAGAAGUUCUACAAAUCGAGGAAGAAAUCCUAAGGUCACAAGUAGAAGAACUACAAGACUUGGUAGCAGAGUUAGAAAAAGAAAAGAAGAAAAUGUUGAAGAAGAUUGCUGACAGAGAUAAGCAGCUAAAGUUAAACAAAGAACAGCUUAUCCAGAACAAAAAACAAAUAGAUAGGUUACAGAGUCGUUUAGACAAGGAAAGAAGAAAAUCUAGAGAUGACCAAAAGAGGGAUUUGACAUUACUAGAAACUAGGGAAGAUACAUGGAGAAGUCAACUGGAAGACAAAAAUAUUGAAAUAGCAGAACUUAACAAUAAAUUACAGGAAAUGGACGAUUUAGUUGAGGCUUUUGAAGUUCAAGAAAAAGAGUUUAUGGAACGAGAGCAGUAUCUUUUGAGUAAAUUACAGGAUUGCCAAGAAGUUGAUAAAGUGGAAUUACGUGUUUUGUUUCACACCAAGUCAAGAAACAGGAAAUCUGAUGGAAAAAGUAGGAAAAGGAUAGAGGAACUAACAAGUUUAAUUCAGAAGCACUCUUCUGAAGCUGAUCUUUUCAGGGAAAAAGAAGAGGAGUUCCAAGAACAAAAUCAGAAAUUACAUUCUGAAAUAGAGAUGUUGAGACAUAGAGCAAAUGUCUCAAGUCAAACUAAAGACAACCUCUUAGAACAAGUUAAAGUUUAUCAGGAGGAAAUUAAUGAACUUAAGAACAAAAUCAGGAGUUUACAAGAAAGUAUUCAGCUGUACAUGGAAUCAGAAGAUACAGCUAAAAAGGAGGAUGCUCUACAGAAACAGGUCAAGACUCUAGAGAUAGAAGUUGAUUUGUUACAUGAAGACAAGAGAAAGUUACGGAGUGAUGUCAGCAAACACCAACAAGAAUUAGAAGAUAAAAGAUUUAAAGUGGCAGAACAAGAGAGGGUUAUUGCUAAUGUUACACAGACAAUUUCAAGACAGACCGGCAAGCUAGAAAGAGUGGAGCGACAACUGAAUGAAACAAGAGACAGAGACAUUGAUUUGAGAGUGAAGAUGAGGGAACAGCAAGAACUUCGGACUAAACUUUCAAAUGAAAGAUUUGCAGAGCUUGAAAAACAAAAUCGUGACCUGAAGGUUAAAAUCAGGGAACUGGAAGAAGAAAUAGAGAAGCUGAAAUUAACAUCAAAGCAUUCGAAUAAUCAAACAGACGAAAUUUCUCGAUUAAAAACAGAAGUUGUAGAUAAUAUAGAAAAACUUAACAGUGUUCAAGAAAAGAUGGAUCAAUGUAAGAAGGAGAAAUUUGACUUGGACAAAAAAGUCAGAGAUUUACAGUUAGAGAAUGACACUCUUGAAACUUCUUUUAAAAAAUCAAAAGAUACAGUAAAUCGUCUUGAAAAACAAGUGGAGGAAUUGCAAAAUGGCCAAAGAGAAUUUCAGAAAGUAAAACUAGAAAAAGACAGAUUAAAUGAAAAAGUGAAAGAACUUGAACAGACAGCAGAAAAAGCUGAAACUGCUGAUAAAUUCAAACAUGAAAGAGAUAGUUUAGAAAUUAAAGUGCAGAAUCUUGAGAAAGAUUUAAGUGAUUUGAAAAUAUUGUCUUCUAAACGUUGGAAUAAGGUAGAAGAUGCUGAAGAUCUCAGACAAGAAAACAGGUAUUUAGAAAGUAAAAUUAAAACACAGCAAGAUACAUUGGAACAAUUGGAGAUCAAACUAAGAAACCUUGAAGAACAGACAAAAGAAAUCAGCAAGAAAGACGGGAAGAUUAAAAGUCUGAUGGAAGAAUUAGACAGAAUACGUCUGGAGAAAAGGUCAACAGAGGUCAAGUUAUCUGAACUGAACCGUGACUUAGAACAAAAACAGAGACAGAGUACAGACACUAAAAAAGAUGUCUUACAUGUGGAGGAAAGGUUCCAGAAGGAAAGAAAAAAUCAUGAAGAAGCUAUCCAGGAGGUGCGGCAGGAACUAGAGGAGUCUAAUUUGGCACUGAGUGAAGCUAGGUCAUUGUUGGCUGCUACUCAGAGACAGGAGAAAAGUAUGAGGGAGAGGCUGGAAUCUGAUAUAAGAGAAUUACAACUUAAACUUCACAAAUUAGAGACAUCAGGUCCAGAUAAUGACGAUGAAGUUAAUGUAUUGAAGUCUGAGAGGGACAACUUGAAUAGACAUAUCAAGGAGCAAGAUGAAAAAAUUAGUAAACUCCAGAGAGAGAAAAGCUCAGCCUUUAUGGAAAAACAGACACUGAAAGAUACUUUACAGCAAAAGGAACAUCAGUUGGAACUUGAAAUCACGAAAGUAGAAAAACUUCAGCUGAUCUGUGGAGAGCUUGAAGAGCAAAUCAAAGAUUUAGAAGCCAUUAAUACAGAAAAUGAGGAACGACAUGUGGAAUGGGAUAAUAUCAAGAAAACAUUUGAGACAGCUGUUGAUGAAAGAGAAGAUGAAAUUGAAGGAACUACCCAGAAAAUUCAUGCCUUAGAACAGGCAAAGCAAUCUGCUAGUCAGAAAAUGCACAAAAUGAAAGAGCAGGUACAACAGUCAAAGGCCUUACAUAAAGCUGAAGUUGAGGAGCUAAAUCACAAAGUCUGGGAGGCAAAUAGAACAGCACAAAAACAUACUAUAGAGAUUGGUCAGUUACGUGAACAGCUACAGAAAAGGGAAAUGUCAUCAGACAAUUAUAAACGUUUGAUGGAAGUGGAAGCAGACGACAAAAGGACAUUGAAAGAAGAGAUAUCCCAGUUGAUAACAGAAAAUCAAGAAUUAAGGAAGAGAAGCCUGAAGCUUAAACAUGGACUUGAAGAUGCAAUGGACAAAUUUGAAAUGAUAUUUGGAGAAAAAGUUGAUCUGGAAAAUUUUGCAGAGGCCUUACAAGGAUUACAUUUCUUAGAUAAAUACAGAUUUGAGAGUACUUUAAAUCAACAGAUGAAGUUAAUCGAUUAUCUGCAGGAAUUAUAUAAAGAAAAUAAUGGCAAGAAGAAGAAGACUGGUAAAUUAUUUGGAAAUAAAGGCAAAGACACCAUUAGUCCUGUGAUGAAUGUAUGUGGAGAUCUACAGGCGGCUCUUGAUCAGGAGAGAAAGAAAAAUGCACGACUUCAGGAACAGAACGAAAGACUAAGACAAGAAAAUUAUUCACAAGCUAAUGAUUGUAAAUGUUACAAGGUUAUUUCAAUAUUAAGAUUAAAAGGACCUUUAACAGACACCAUCACUCCUGAGGUGAAGAAAGCAGUUAACCUUGGUCUUCUUACACCAAGUGUCAAAAGAGCUGCCACCAUGAAUUACAACUCAACACACCAGAGAAUGAAUCAUAAGAUUCCACAUAGAUUUGUUACAGGGUUAAAUUCCAGAGCAACUAAGUGUGGGGUGUGUUUGGGGAGUGUUCCAUUUGUCAAGCAGGCAUCUAAAUGUCAAGAAUGUGGCAUGAUAUGUCACCCUAAAUGUGUGUCAUCUGCUAAAGAUAAUUGUGGUCUGCCAACAGAGUAUAUCCAACAAUUCUCCAGCAUAAUGGGUCAGGUAGAACAAUCUAGUCACAGGUAUUCCCCAAUACUUGCCGAUGUCCCAAUUAAAAUGGAAGGAUGGCUCAAAGUUCCCAGGACAGAGAAACAAGGCUGGGAAAGACGAUGGGCUUCACUAGAAAACAAUAUAUUGUUAUUAUUUAUGUAUGAAUCUGAUGCUAGUCCUAUAGACACUUUUGAUCUUGGUCCACCAAACACAGAUGUUACAGUUCACAGUGCAAUCAGUACUGCAGAGCUGCCUAACACAACAAACACUGAUCUAGCUCAUGUAAUGAAACUGGAACAGCAACCACUCACAACCUGCUGGCCAGGAAGAGUGUUGUAUCUGAUGGCUAGUAACUUCUCAGACAAGCAGAAAUGGGUAGCAUGUUUGGAAGCUGCUGUCAAAAGUAUACAGAGAAAAGACACCAUUGUCAGAACUGGAAUGUUUUCCAAGACGUUGUUAGAGUUAGAAGGAAGUCGAAGACUGGAACUCAACUGCUCCUUUGCCUUAUGUAAAGAGUUGGUAUUACUUGGUGCAGACGAGGGAUUAUUUUGUGUGAAUUUAUACAAUGGUAAACAUGCUAUUAUUACACAGCUGACAGGAUUUAAAAGUGUGCAUCAAAUUUUGUACCUAUCAUCUCUCAACCUGAUCAUUCUAAUAACAGGCAGAGAAAGGGCUGUAGUCACCAUAGACAAGCGUAUGAUACAUUCUAGAAUAGAUCAGGCUAACUCUGCUGCUAAAGAAGAGACUAAUCCUAUUCCACAUACAGUAAUUGAGGGAAUUGUUGGAUGUACUGUGAUGGAUGCUUCAAAGUGUCAUGGUGGUUCCUACAUGGUUGUUGGUAUGGCCGACAGGGUUCUGCUUAUGAAAUAUAACUCGGAAAUGAAGUCAUUCUGUUUGAGAAAAGAAUUCAUGACUAAUGAGCCAUGCAGCUGUGUAUGUUUGUCCAGUGAGUUUGCAAUAGUGGGAACAGACAAAUUUUAUCGUUUGAGUUUAGAUCAUCCAAGCAUUACUGAUUUUGUAGACAAGAGGGACAACUCUUUAGCAUUUGCAGCUUUUGGAGCAGCAAUACACAAUAGCUUUCCUUUAGCAGUUGUAAAAGUAUCACCUGAAGGAUUGCCGUUGGAAUUUCUCAUCUGUUUCCAUGAAUUUGGAUUUUAUGUUGAUUCAAAAGGAAAAAGAAGCAGACCUACAGAGCUGAAAUGGAGUUGUCUCCCAUUGUCUUUUGCUUACAGUGAACCAUUCCUUUAUGUGACCUACUUUAGUAGUGUACAAUGCAUUACAAUACCUGCUGACAAAAGAGAAACCAGAGGUAAACAGACCUGUAUAGAUAUUCAAGGCCCCCGAUUUCUUGGUGUAGGUAUUACUCGUGGUACUGUUUAUAUUUCCAUGGGAACAGGAUACCUGACAGAAUUAAUAGUUCUCCAAGGAAAUGAUGGAAUCUCUAGAGAAUUCAAGGAUGAAGAUGAUAAAGAAAAUAGACCAAAGUCACCAGGAAGAUUUCUCAGUCCAAAAAAAGGAAGCGUGAAACCAUCUUCUAACAUGAGGAGACAACUCUCUUUAACUUCUUUAGACAGUAAUUUUAGUGAGAUAUCUGUAUCAAGUGCAGAUAGUCGGAUGACAAUAGAAUCAGAUGUGUGAAUGGUCUUGGAAUCUGAUUUAGUAAUUUAAUUAAGAUGGUGUAAACAUUGAUGUAGUAUACAAACUGAUUGAAGGCCAUUUAGAAUCUGAGUUAAUUAUUUAUUGAAAUGUUAUUAACAUAGGUGUUGUAAACAACUGUCCAAGGUCUUACGGUAAAAAACAUAGAGAAGUAAACAAAACUACUCCAAGGUGAUAUAAUUUCUAAUUCAAGGUUAAUCAAUCUAAUUACUUUGCAUUGCCAGUAAUAGAACUGAAGUUGAUUGAAAUGAGAUUUAAAGAAAAUGAUUAUGGUGGAUCCAUCUUUUUUUAUUUCAAAUAUAUAUGCUAGUAAAAUUGAGAUAAAUAGUUAGUGGGAGAGAGUAAAAGAGGAGGGUAGGAUUUUGAGAAGAAAAAAACAAUCAAGUUUUUACAAGGUUGGCGAUAAGAAAUUGUUUACAUCCCCAAAGAUUAGAUGAUAGCAUAUCUUAUCCCUACAAUUAUCACCUUGUAAGGAUAAAGCUAAUUUUCAUCAGUAUUAAAAUCGGGAUUUCUUUUGUGUACCCCUUUUAGAUGGGAUAUAGUUUGAUAACAGAGUAUGACUAAAUAUAUAAAAUUUGUCCAAACAACUGUGGAUUCAUUUAUUUUUGUGGAUUGAGGAAAAAUUGUAAUUUGAUGGAUAUUUGAAUUCAUACUUUUGUCAAAGUCUGCAUACAAGCCUGCUGAAAAUUUGUACUUUGUUGAACAUUUUGAUUGUUAGUUUACCUAUAUCUAUGAAAUCCACAGAAAUUGCAGUGGAGAUCCAGGGGGGGGGGGGGGG